AUGUCGUCAAUCCUCUCCUCAUACCCCCCACCCACUGAAUUCCGCUCUUCGGUCGCCAAGAAUCCUCCUGAUUAUAUACCUCCUACGGAAGAGCUAGAAGCACUGCAUGAGGAGCUAUUGGAGCUGAGGCAGCGGAACCUCGAACGAGCAAAGAAGGCCGGGGAUGAUCUUAGAGCUAUUCAGGAGUCGAUGCGCCGGCUCAAGGAGAAGGAGAAGGGCAAGGCAAAGGCAGUUGAUAAAUCUAAACGCGAGCGCGGCUUCACACCCUUACCAGCCAGAGUCGAAGAGCAACGACCACCAGCAUACGUUCAACCAGGUCCCUCUACACCUCGGUUCCCCUCCAUGCCUACUGCCCCCGCUCCCACAUCAUCAUCCCGAUCUUCACUGGAUCCUCGAAAGUCGAUGCCUCAUGAUUCUAAAUCCAAGAAGAAGAAGCGGAAGCGCGAGGAGGACACAGAUGACGAUACAGAUAUCAAAUCGUCCCGGAUAGCCACCCCUCCCGCAUCUCAUCCUCUCGCAACCUCUCACUCAUAUCCCAGUCUUUCGAAGGCUUUAAAGCCAGUGGCGUCCUUCGCAACUCCCUCAGCCAAGCCUGGAUCUGGCCCCGAUUUCAAUCUACCACCUAAAUCCGAAUUGUCGAUCCUCCGGCCCCCAGUUCCGCCCCCGCCGAUACCGGGGCCGAGUAAACCGACCGAAGUGAAGGAGGACUUUAGCAAAGCAAAGCAGCCGUCGCAAGUACUCGUGAAUACGUUUUACACGAGCAUUGAGCCAUGGAUACGGACCAUCAAGGAGGAGGACGUCGGCUUUCUGGAGUACACGGGCGACGAGGUCGAGCCGUACAUCCUCCCGCGGCUCGGGCGGCAUUACACCGAGCAGUGGGAGGAGGAGGAUAUUGCUCUUUAUGGCGCGCCCCUGCCAUCGACGGAGACCAUCCGGGCGAGUACCAGUUACUCUCGAGCCGCGGAGAAGGCUCCUUACCCCAAGUGGGACCCGGCUACACUCAACGAGAACGAUCUCACGGUGGAGGAGCGCGGGCACGGCCCGUUGACGGAGCGGCUGGUGAGCGCGCUGCUGCCCGUGGAGGACUCGGUGUGGAAGGGGGUGAAGGCGGCGGAGGAGGCAAUGGAAGGCCGGCACGGGGUCGGGGCGGGUAGUGCAGCAGGACGACAGGUGAUCGUGGAAGACUUAGAGAAGCGGAUCAAGGAUAGUCUUCGAUUUCACAAGUUGCUCGAGACGACGCCCGAUUUUUCUGAUCCCGUUGACGACCCGAUAGCCACUGCGCUUCGACACGCUCAGCGUGAGCUCCGUACAGUGGUUGCCACCAACAAGGCGCGUAAGGCGCGUCUUGUGGCCAUAGCCCGCGACCGGCUCGGCUAUCAAGAGUAUGUCGACCUGCGUGACUCGAUUGACAAGAACAUCACGACCCUCUAUACCAAGCUCCAGAAGAAGGAGGGCCCAAAGUCGCAUAAGAAGAAGAAAAAGUCGGUCGGCGGGGCCGCGGGUGAGGCGAACGGCAACGGAAAGGGAAACGGGAGCGGGAAUGGGAACGGGACGGCGCCACUGGGGACGUGGCCGGCGUCGGCGGGGCUUGGGCCCGACGAGGAUAACGUGCUGAGGGUGCCGGACCAACUAAGGCAGUUGGUGGCGACGCGGCGGCAGUGGGUGGAUACGGUCGGUGGUGUUUUCGACGAGAAGCAGAGGGAGAAUCCUGGCAGUAUUUGGGGGUUGCCGCCACGCAGUGUGUUUGAGGGUUUGGAUGAGGAUGUGAGAAUACUUUUGGAGCGGCAGGACGGUGGUGGUGGUGGGAGCGAGUCGAAUGGCGCUUCUUCCGACGGGAAGGGGAAAGGGAAGAGGUCGAGGGACGAGAUGGAUAUCGGGUAG